GCGGAACAUGAUGGUAAGAGGCGUUGGAUGCUGCUGGUGAAGAGGGCGGCUCGUUAAUGAUGCUGCCCAGCACUACAAGACACUGAGCGGGCGUGUUUCGAUGAAAGUCUUAUUUUAAUCGACACAGCAGCUGGCAGCAGUGAGCAUGGAGGUCUUAACGUACAAACCUUGACCUUGAACCCACUGCAAGGUGGGAAAGCCUGGCAGUGAGAUCACUUCGUCCAUCCAGCCCACCUCUUAUGUCAUGUUUCUCCUCAUGAGCCGUUUUGGCUAAUGAGGCACCCAAAGGUUCUUGCUACUGCAGAAAAGAGCCCUUAGCAAGGGAUCCACCCGAAUUAGCCCAAUCACACCUUCACUUUCAUUAUUCACUCCCUGUUCUGCCACACUCCUUUGGAGGUUGACUGCUUGCUGAUUUUCCCUCACCAGACUUCACCAUUCUCCCUGGUCUUCUGGUGUCCAGUGGGAGAAAGGUCUUGGGAUGGCAAGGGCUGCUGUCUAAAGAAGCUUCUGAAUUGUGGGAUGAGAUUACAAGCUACACAGCCCACUGCCACCAAUGGAUGCCAAACUGCGAGAAGACCUGUUCCGCAGGUAUGUGGCAUCUCUGGAGAAACGGCUUCAGGAAGGAGAUGGUGAAGGAGGAGUAGACAAGCAAGGAGCUACAACUGAGGAGGCACUGAUUUCUACAGCAACAGCACUGCUGGGCUCAUACCAGCCGGAUCCAGGGCAACGCUUUCGCUUGGUGCGGUUCUAUGACAUAGCUGAGAACUCGCUACGGACACAGAGGGGCACAAACCUGCAGACUUUGGAGACGGCCUUUGCAACAAUGGAAACCAUCUGUACCAACUUGCUGCUCUUUCCAUGGAAAAAAGAGUUCCGUUGCAUAAAGACAUUCACAGGGCCGUAUGUGUACCAGUUGCAAUCGGUGAUAUGUGACACAGACCUGCAUUCACUGCUGCGUUCCAUGGGCUAUUCAAGAGACCAGGAACUUCAGUAUCAUGUUAGGGACCAUCCAGGUGGAUCUACCCAACUUCAACAGCUGGCCUUCGAACUGCUCCUCACCCAGGCUGAAUGCCGUUUACUUGCAGAGGUGGUUUCUAUGUCUCGGGGUUCAGCCUCGGAGCUGGAGGCCGUUGAGGUGAGAAGGAGCACCAGGAAAGAUGCUGUUGGGUGUGCGGAUGCCUUGCGCCGACGGGAUAGCCUUACAGGUGACUUGUCCCACCUGUCAGUGCGGCCGGUAGAUAUCGAACGCGGCCAACUCAGGCGGAGCAGUCGGCCGUACAAGUCGGUGGACGUUACUGACAGUGCAGGACACUGGCACCAAGCCAGCAAGCCAGUGCUAAAGACAACGCUCAGCCUGCGCAAAGAGCCAUUGUUUGUCGACACAGAAGAGGAAAUGAAGGAUGAAAUCAUCCGACCUAACCUCUCGCUUUACCCCGUGGCGGCCCCACCAUCAUACAGCCCUGUCGCCGACUUCUUCCCUAUCCAGUCACCCCCGUCCGAGCCAUACUCCUACCACUUGCCCUCCCUGGAUGAAGUGGACUUGUACACUGAGCGGGGCUUUGGUGGGCAUCAGACACCCUCUAGGCCUCCUAUCCGGGAGCCGCGAGAAGCCCGGGACAGUUGGGUUCUGAAGGGGCACGUGAUGAAGUGCCAAGGCUGUGGCAUGGGCUGCCCUUCGCUUUCAUCUUGCCAGAGGUGCGACAUGAUCCUGUGUCCAUCCUGCCACGCUGUGGAACCUGCGCCUUGUUGUGGCUUCCAGGAUUACUCGAAAACUUCCCGCCCUCUGGACGUCUACAUGCACAUGAAGGAGAAGCUGUCUGUCUACUCCAAUGCCCACUCCCACACUCACCCUCAUCCCCACCCACUUCCCCAUGCCCAAUCCCACUCGCUUUUGCUGGACAAAGCUGUGAUGAGCACCAAGCUGUUUCCCAGUAAAUCUGUGGGUCCCAGUGCCAGUCCGGUGGUCAGCUCCAGCAACAAUGUCGCAGGUGAACGGUUGGGUGCGAGCGGCUCCCGGUGCGGCUUUUGCAACAAGCCAGUGGCCUCUCACACUUGCGUGAACUGCUCCAAGGUGUCAUGCGACACGUGCAUGAACCUUUACGCCAGUGAUUUGUGCACCCGCAAAAACCACAACUUUGUGCCCAAUCACCAACUUAAUUUCAAAUCCAGCACCAUAUCUCACCUCGUAUAUCGAUAGAUCAGGAACAAUGCUACAGUUGUGCACUACACCUUCUAUCUCUGCAUUUCCACCCUCCGUUUUUAUUUGUUUACCUUUUUCUGCUUCCUUUCUCAGUUGGCGAUUGUUUGGUUUUGGUCAUGUGAUCUUGCAGUGCAUUUUCUGUCCCUCGGUAGAUCUACUUUAUCAUGAAGCAAGCAGAAAAUGGGCAAAAAUCUAUCCAGUAUCAAUGUUUGAAAACAUGUAUUUCAUUGGAACUGUGAAUGUUUAUCAGAGACUAUUCCCUGUAAUUAAAUCGAACAACUUUUAAAACUUGAACAACAGAAAAAAAUUACAUUACACUGGAAGUAAAUAGUAUAUAUUUUGAAUUGUGGCGCUAUACAUCUACGCAAGACUGUUUGUCUAGAGGCGGACUAGUUUUCCUAGGUGGAUGGGGUUUCAGUUGUGAGUCUGUAGUUGUCACUACAUUGAGUCCUGACAUGAAAUGCCUUGUGGGUGCUGUUCAAAAUGCUGCUGAAAGUAAAACCAGGAUGGGGCGUUUCUGGCCACUAACAUAUUGUGCAACCGCCAUGAAGCUGCCCGUGCUCAUUAAAUGCAAAGUUAAUGCAUGUAUGAGUGUCAACAGAAGUUUUUCAUCCUGAGUUCCAUUUUUCUUUACAUUAUCACAAUCUGUUAAGACAAGGGUGUAAUUAAUUGAAAAUGAGCAUCAUUUAUUAUGCUACUACGCUGGCUUUCUUUAGAAACAGUUUCAAAAUUAAUGUGUUCUAUUUCGUGGGUUAAUUUUAUUAUUAAUACAUUAUACAGUAAAUUUAUGAUUGUUUGUUCACAGAGCAAUCAUUAACUAAAGUAUUACUACUGGGCAAAUCUCACAAAGUAAUUUCUGGGUUAUGUUUAACCCCAUAAUAAAUAAUAAAAAAAUAAAAGAAAUUAUAUUUUGCGUGAAGGAAAUUAAACCUGUUUUCAGGACCAUAAUUAUUAUUAUUAUAUUUUUUUUAUAAGCAUGUGUAAUACAUGUAAAUUCAGUACAACAAACAA